AUGAGGGCGGCGCGGCCUCACAGAGAGGAGAGGAGCGGGUGGCCACUUCCUCUCCCCCACGCCGAGGCAUCGACGGCAGCGCAUCGCAAUAACGGUGAGCCAGACAGCACUUAAACGCCAAAUUGAGUCAACAGCCCUCCUACGCCCUCUUCCGGUUUCCUGGCUGUGUCAAUUCACUCAGAGUGCACCGACCCAGAGGAGCGCCACACGCCAAGCAGCUCUGUCGAUGGGCAUAGAGGCCAUGACGGCCGUGUGGCCUCGGCUGACCGCAGCCCCCCUCCCAAGCGGCUGUGCGGCCCAGCCGGCCGUCAGGUGGCGGGAGAACUGACGGGCGAUGCGCUGGCUCGCGCACUGGUGCGGUGGAUGAGGGACCAGCAGCCGGGCGACUUCCAUGCAGCAGACAGGGGAGGGUGAGCAGGACCAAGUGCAUGACGCUAUUACGUCACUUGUGCAUCUGUGUGUGUCAUAUCUGUGUCAGUAUCGGCAUCUCGUGGCGGACCAACUACAGUUAUGAGGCUUAUUUUUGGGACAGCGACGCAUCGACGGCCGUCGACCUGCGUCGGUUCCCUGUCGGCUACGGCGCCUCCCGGGCGGCCAUCUUCACGGCCUUCCGUGAGGCCGUCGAGUACCGCAAUGCGCUCCACCGGUCGCGUGUGGGCGAUCGGGCAAUGCUCAUCGAUCUGUCGUGGCUCCAGCGAGCACAGCAGGGGCAGGGGC